AUAAGUAAUGAAAUCAGUUUGAACGAAAAGUUUAGUUGAAUUUUGUUAUUCUUGUUUUUACUAAAUUGAUAUUUCAUCGGAAUUGGCAAAACUAAUCUAAAAUGGAUCCCGUUAUCUUUUAUCAUCAAUUUCAUCGUGUAUUGAAAUACUUUUUGUCGGGAUUAGCAAGAUUUUGUAUUAUAACCAGUUUUGUGGCCAAUGCCAGUCGAUGCUGCUACGAUUGGUAUCUGGAGAGGAUUCUGCUGAGUUUUAAGUGGCGUUGUGGAGUCCAGUUGGCGGGUCUUUAUAUUGGAGUAACAACAAUAGUGCAAUUCGCAGCUGCCUUCAUGUUGCUGGCGAGAAAGAAGAGACGCCUUGCCGCUGCGAUGAUAUCGGCGGUGCUCCAUGUACGAUUGCUGACGGAUCCGAUGUUCUGGGAUUUGCAUAUUUAUAUGGACAUAUGUACGUUGAUCAGUGUCGUUCUGUUGAAUAUGUUUAAGCUGUGUCGCCAUAGCUUUAUGGCCUUCCUCUUCCUGACCCACUUGACUUGGAGUCCAAGUAACAUGCUGUGGACCUUGCUCAAGUAUACAACAAAACUACUCAUAGUCCUUAUAAUAAUUGGACGUUGUCGGAAACUUGCCAAUGUUUUGUUAUUGAUGUCUAUAGCCCUGCAAAGCUGGUGUCUGUAUGCUUGGUGGACUGUACCCUAUGGCCUUCAAACCAUACACGAUAGACAGAUGCAGCACUUUUUCUUUUGGAAUAGAAUUUCAAUGAUUGGUGGCCUAAUAAUGUCCAUUGCCCAUCAUCGUCUGUAAAAUGCAUUUCUAAAUAAAUAUAAGCAUUUUAAAUAAAUUAAA